GAUUCUAGAUUUUAAUAUUAGUUCAAAAUGACUAGCAAGCUACAAAAUAUUUUUCGAAGUAUUUCAAAUGUAAACAAUGAAGAUGAUUUUAUUAGAUCAAAAGCAUUCUGGCAUCCAGAGAAAGAUAUCAUUACAUCUCCAUAUCGAGAUAACUAUGCAACAACUAAAUCUUGUUUGCCUGGAGUCAGUUUCCAAACUCUUGCUGCAACGGUAGUGCACUGUUUCUUGUAUGGAAAAGGCUACAACAGUUUCAGACAUAAAGGCAUCAUAUUGAAGUGCAACGUAACGGACAUUGCUAAUGACACACCAUAUCUUUGUCACAAAAUUAAAAUUUUAACAAAGCUAUUUGGACAGACCAGCUUUAUUCGAUUGCAAGGCAGUUCAUCUAUUCUUCCGCAUACUUCAACGAAAUUCCAUUCACUGAAUCUACAAAUUUUAAAGCAAAAGAUCUGUCAGAGAUAUGCAAGAUCAAUAGAAACAGUAACAAUCAGAUCAAGAGGAGGCAGAAUAUGCUUUGAUGGAUGUACAAUCAACAUUCCUGCUGGAGCAUUGACAAAACCAACCAAAUUAGAAUUCGAACUCAGGAUCAUGAAAAAUAAAUAUUUCAAAGAUUAUUUUUCAAUCUCCCCAAGUAUAAGCCAAAAUAAACCUGGAGUCAAAUUUCUUAAACCAAUUCGCAUUGAACUUCCAACCUGGUGUUAUCUUGAACCUCACCAUGAAAACUCUUUGAUUGUUUUGCACAACAGCCAUAAUGAUAUUGACUGGAGAGAUACUCAGAUGGCUGCUGUUUUUAAAGACUCAAAGAUUAUAGUGGAAGUCACUGAUUUUUCUAGCUAUGUUGUGGUAAUAUGGCGAAAACUAUUAGGUCGUUUGAGAAUACCUUUCAAAUUGAAGACCAUGUUAUUCCAUCAAAAUUAUACAAACUUUGCUGCCAUUUGUGGCUUUGACAGCCAAAUAAUUACAAAAGAAUAUACUGAUAAUUUCAACAUGUUUGGAUGGAAAAGUGUUUUUCCACAAUUAGAUUCUUUUCGAUGUUUGAUGGGUGACAAAAUUUGUAUCAAACUUAGCAGCACCACACCUGGAGUUCUUUUCGAUCCAUUAUUGGGUCAUUACUUCACAGUGGACACUGAAGAUUACCAUACUAAGUAUUUUGCACGUAGAAUGGAAGAGCAUGAAAGCAAAUGCAAUACUAUCCUGCUUGACUACUCAGUUUUAAAUGCGGCUAAAGAAGAGUUAUUAGUAAAAUCCUACUUUAAUAUUCCUAGCCAAAAUAAAACCUAUCAUUUUAAUGCACCUAAUAGAAUGGAAGAUGCAUAUCGUGCAGUAUGUAAAAGGUUCCAUGAUGCCAGCACAUUCAAAAUGUUUGCAAUAUAUCGACAUGGGUUGCGUUUGGACUACCAUAGUGUAAAGAUUAUUUGUGAUUCCCAUCCCCAUUUUAAUCAUGAUGCUAUGGUUGAUGUAUUUGAGUUAUGGAAACAGAGAAAUCAAGGUUGCUCACCCUCAAUGCUUAUAAAUCUGGUAGAUAAUUAUUUCACAACAAAUGAAGUAUCAGCCGAACCACCGACGUUUGGAAGAGAACAUCAAAAUACUCAGAAUAUGGCUCGAGUCAUUUUUUACACAGCUACGUUUUGCGCAUUUGCAAUUUCACUGUUAAAAUUUUUUCCUAAAUAUUACAAUUUUUGUUUUGUUUGUAGUUUCAAAAUGAUAAAAUAGGCCUAUAUUAUAUUUAAACAAUUAUGCAAAUAUUAGUUCAUAUUGC